UAUAUAUUUUUUAUAUUACUGGUUAUAGUUUAUUUGCAAUUAUCCGAUUUUUUCUUUCUUUUCUUUCUUUUCAUAUUUGGAAAAUGCCAUUUCUGUUUUGGUAUUCAAAAAAAAUGAAAUUGUACUCUCCAAGGUUUUUAAGAAACUGAUCACGUCAAUAUUUGUAAGAAGAGUCAUGUUUAUUAUAAGCUACCUUACCUUUGAUUGCUAUCUAUGCUUUAUCUAGAAGCAAAUUUUGAAAAGUUUUCAUAGUCUUCUCAAAGAAAUGGCAAACAGACCUCUUGGUUACGGACUUACGGCUGAAAUUAAACGCAAAAAUGAAAAAAAGUAUAACUACGAAGACGAACAAGACGCGUUGUGUUGGAUGGAGGCUGUUAUUGAUGAAGGAGAAGUGUUUUUAGGUAUUGAAGGAAUGAAUAACACUGCCGCCAUCUUAAAAGAUGGGGUUUAUUUAUGUAAAGUUAUGCAAGCUUUAUCUCCUGAACUCAUUAAAAAAAUUAACUCUCCAAACACACCUUUUAAAUGCAUGGAGAACAUUCAGCUAUUUUUAAAUGCUUGUCGUGAGUAUGGACUUAAAAACGAGGAUUUAUUUCAAACUAGUGAUUUAUACGACAGUGUUAAUAUUAAGAAUGUUAUAGAUACAAUACAUGCUUUAGGAAGAAAAGCUCAAGAUCACGGGUACGAUGGGCCAAUAUUAGGGCCGAGGGAAUCUAAAAGAAACCCUAGAAGUUUUACAAACGAGCAACUAGACAAAGGUAAAAAAAUUAUUGGGUUACAAAUGGGUUCCAAUAAAGGAGCCAGCCAAUCUGGAAUGAAUUUUGGUAAAGUGCGUUCUAUUUUAGACUAAUAUUUCUGAAUCAAUCUUACUGUAAUAAUUAAAUAAGUUUUUUGGUGGCGUUGUUAAUUAUCUUUUUCUAUUAAUUGUUGUAUUUGUUUAUAUUUUUGUAAAUAAAAUUGUUUUUAAUAAUGAAAAACAGUGGUGUAGCUUGUAAUUUAACCCCCUCCACAUUCUUCAUAUAAUAAGCUUAAAGAUAUAAUUAAAAUGAAUAUAUGAUGAUUAUAACCAUACGACAAUACAUCAAUUACAUUUUUUCUUCCAUUCAUUUAUAUUUAUUUUUAAGUAAACCAUGUUUAUAUAUCAAAAUGUAAAAAUUGUAUAAUUAUUUUAU